ACUUCCGGUAAGCCUGCCCACGUAGAGGGGAAAAUGGCAGGCUCGGAGCUGCGGGCUGAGUUAGAACAGAGGCUCGGCGCCCUCGCCAUUCGCACGGAGGUCGUGGAGCAUCCCGAGAUGACACGAAUUUAUUUCAGCACUCACACUGAGAGCUGUUUAAAACUACAGUUCCUCUUUUGGCCCGCUCCCGCUUGUGCCACAAACAAAAGUGUUUACAAUUGAAGAAAUGAUGCCUCAUAUUCAACAUCUGAAAGGAGCACAUAGUAAGAACUUAUUUCUUAAAGACAAAAAGAAGAAAAACUAUUGGUUAGUCACAGUUCUUCAUGAUAGACAAAUCAAUUUAAAUGAUCUUGGCAAGCAGUUAGGAGUUGGGAGUGGAAAUCUUCGGUUUGCUGAUGAAACAGCCAUGCUAGAAAAACUGAAAGUUGGUCAAGGCUGUGCCACACCUUUGUCACUCUUCUGCGAUGAUGGAGAUGUUAAAUUUGUCUUGGAUUCAGCUUUUCUGGAAGGUGGACAUGAGAAAGUGUACUUUCACCCAAUGACUAAUGCUGCAACAAUGGGGUUAAGUCCUGAAGACUUUCUCAUAUUUGUGAAGGCUACAGGACAUGAUCCCAUAAUUCUAAACUUUGAUUAAAAAAUGAUUGGGAGGGCUGGAGAGAUGGCUCAGCGGUUAAGAGCACUGACUGCACUUGCAGAGAUCCUGAGUUCAAUUCCCAGCAACCACAUGGUGGCUCACAACCAUCUGUAACGGAUCUGAUGCCCUCUUCUGGUGUGUCUGAAGAUAGCUACAGUAUACUCCUAUACAAUAAAUAAAUAAAUAAAUAAAUCUUAAAAAAAAAAAAAGAUUGGGAGCCAGGUGUGGUGGCAUAUGCUAUUUGCCUAGCACUUUAGGCAGAGCAGGCUGAUCUCUGAGUUCUAGGCCAGCUAACAUCUAAUAGUCAGCUGCUAUGUCAAACAAAAGUCAAUUUGGUUAAUAUUCAUAAUAAACUCAUUCUGACAGCUGUUUUUAUUUCUUGUGUCUUUAAUUUGGAGACUAUUAUUUACCUUAAAGAUAUUUAUGUGUAUGAGCAUUUUGUCUGCAUGUAAUGGUACAGUCAGGUACCAUUACAACUGGCUUAUUAAAUUCAAUGUAGAAAAACUAGAAGUAGAAAAUUGUUUCCACUAAAGUAUUAAAUUUAUAUCUUAAAACUCGGCUGCAAAAUAUAGCAUCAGAACUGGUUCAGAUGACAGAGAGGCAGUUCCCUUUGUCCUCUACCCUAACUUACUAUCCUAUUUUAUGAUAAAUUUAUUCAUCUUUGUUAUGGUGAGUCCUGGUUGGGAACUUGAUUUGAUCCAGAACAAAAUACUCCCCUGAGCAGAUCUGUGAGGACAUUUCUAGGCAGGACUAAAUGAGGAAGACUCCACAGUGGGCAGAAUUUUGACAGCAGCUUGGAUGAAGUUCCAGGAAAGAGCUGUGUUGCUUUUGUGCCUUCAUUGCUUCUUGCUGGUGAGUCCUACUGCUGCUACUACCAUCCUUUAUUGACACAUGCCCACACAGCCUGAAGACCAGAGGCUCUUCAAGAAUCCUCCAGGCACACUGAACCUACUAGGUUCUCAGAAUCUCCAACAUGUAAAAGAGACAUUGUUCCAAAUACCCUAGGUUAUAUUCCUUUAGAAAAUGUUAAUAUAAUUUCCUUUCAAUUAUGGCAGCUGAAGUAUUAAAUCUAGGAACAAUUUAGUCAACUCUUUAUUCAUUGAGGAUCUGACAUAGGCUAGAAUAUAGAAAUUGCUCUUGCCAUUAUCUCCAUUCCAGUUAACUAGGAUAUUUCUAAAAGAACUGUAUUUUCCUGUUCAAGCUUUGAGAAAUACUUUUCAUCUAGUAGAGAAACUAAUUUGUACCAACUUGUGUUACUGAAAGGCAAAAUGAAACUAAUGAUUGCCUUUGCCCCAGAGGUUCCAUGCUUGUUUUACCUGCUCUGCACUCAAUCUCUAACAUAAACAAGUAGUUCUAAGUUCUUAUGAACAUAAAACGAAGGACCUGAAUCAGAAUUUGUAGACCUUGGAUAUCAUGUUGAUAGUGAAAACAGGCUCCAGAAGAAUGAUAUGGUAAGAUGCCUCGAGUUACUAAGUAAAAAUAAAAGACUGAAUG